UGGCUGGCCGGGUGGCUGAAAUCAAAAAUCCAAUUGCGCACUGGGUUGUGAUGAGAAAUCUAAUCAGAUCUUUGGAGAAGGGGCCGGCCGGAAGGGUGGCGACUGGGGGGAGUUGAUCCCCAAAUUCUUCGAGGUCGGGGCUGGGGAGAGGAAUCGGCGAUGUAAAAGGAGACUUUUUCUUUUUUUUUUUUUCUUUUUCUUUUUUUUUUUUUUUUUCUGGUGGCGGUGGCGGUUGGGUGCGUUGCGAAAAUGAAAGAUGCGGGACGCAGCUCUCUCCUGGAACCGAACGCAGUGGAUAAACUGAUUGUGCAAGAGAGAAGGAAGAACGAAGCUUUUUCUUGUGAGACCUGGAUCUUAACACAAAUGUGUAUAUGUGCACACAGGGAGCAUUGGAAAAUGAAAUAAAACAGUGUCAGACCCGCGGGGGUUGGUGUGUUCUGACAUAAAUAAAUAAUAAAACAGCUGCCCUCCCUCUCCCCAAAAGGAUGAUUGGAAAUGGAGAAACGAGGAUCCACAAAGGAAAAGUAUGUUCAUUUUUUUCUGUAAAGGAGAAAGUAAGCCAAGGAGAUAUUUUUGGAAUGAAAAGUUUGGGGCUUUUUUUAGGAAAGUAAAGACUUGAUAUGGUGGUGUUUUCUUUUCUUUUUGAAUUUCCCACAAGAGGAGAGGGAAUUAAUAAUACAUCUGCAAAGAAAUUUCGGAGAAGAAAAGUUGACCGCGGCAGAAUGAGGCAUUGAUUGGGGAAGAGAAGCCAGCCGAGCACAGUUGGAUUUGUGCCUAUGUUGAGUAAAAUUGAUGGAUAAUUGCAGUUGGAUUUUUCUUCAUCAACCUCCUCCCCUCCCCCCCUUUUUUUUCUCUUUGGGGUCAAGAUCAUGCAUUUUUCUGCUUGUUCUUAACCACCUGGAUUCCCAUCUGGAUGUUGCUGUGAUCAGUCUGAAAUACAAUCACCAAACUGAGGCUGAGAGAGAGGGGACUUACCCAGAGUUACUCAGCUAGUCAGUGACAGACAACAGUGGAACUUGCGAUUAUUAGAACUCCAGAAGGACCAACACCAGAUAAAUUAUGAAUGUUGAACAAGAUGACCUUACAUCCACAGCAGAUAAUGAUAGGUCCUAGGUUUAACAGGGCCUUAUUUGACCCCCUGCUUGUGGUGCUGCUGGCUCUUCAACUUCUUGUGGUGGCUGGUCUGGUGCGGGCUCAAACCUGCCCUUCCGUCUGCUCCUGCAGCAACCAGUUCAGCAAGGUGAUUUGCGUUCGGAAAAACCUACGUGAGGUUCCAGAUGGCAUCUCCACCAACACCCGGCUGCUGAACCUCCAUGAGAACCAAAUCCAGAUCAUCAAAGUGAAUAGCUUCAAACACUUGAGGCACCUGGAAAUCCUACAGUUGAGUAGGAAUCAUAUCAGAACAAUUGAAAUUGGGGCCUUCAAUGGUCUGGCAAACCUCAACACCCUGGAACUCUUUGACAAUCGUCUUACGACCAUCCCAAAUGGAGCUUUUGUAUAUUUGUCUAAACUGAAGGAGCUCUGGUUGCGAAACAACCCCAUCGAAAGCAUCCCUUCUUAUGCUUUUAACAGAAUCCCUUCUUUGCGCCGACUAGACUUAGGGGAAUUAAAAAGGCUUUCGUAUAUCUCAGAAGGUGCCUUUGAAGGUCUGUCCAACUUGAGGUAUUUGAACCUUGCCAUGUGCAACCUCCGAGAAAUCCCUAACCUCACGCCGCUCAUAAAACUAGAUGAGCUGGAUCUUUCUGGGAAUCAUCUGUCUGCCAUCAGGCCUGGCUCUUUCCAGGGGUUGAUGCACCUUCAAAAACUGUGGAUGAUACAGUCCCAGAUUCAAGUGAUUGAACGGAAUGCCUUUGAUAACCUUCAGUCACUGGUGGAGAUCAACCUGGCACACAACAAUCUAACAUUACUGCCUCAUGACCUCUUCACACCCUUGCAUCAUCUAGAACGGAUACACUUACAUCACAACCCCUGGAACUGUAACUGUGACAUACUGUGGCUCAGCUGGUGGAUAAAAGACAUGGCCCCCUCCAACACAGCUUGCUGUGCCCGGUGUAACACGCCUCCCAAUCUGAAAGGGAGGUACAUUGGGGAGCUUGACCAGAAUUAUUUCACAUGCUAUGCUCCUGUCAUUGUGGAGCCCCCAGCAGACCUCAAUGUCACUGAAGGCAUGGCAGCUGAGCUGAAAUGUCGGGCCUCCACGUCCCUGACUUCUGUAUCUUGGAUUACUCCAAACGGAACAGUCAUGACACAUGGGGCGUACAAAGUGCGGAUAGCCGUGCUCAGCGAUGGGACGUUAAACUUCACGAAUGUAACUGUGCAAGAUACAGGCAUGUACACAUGUAUGGUGAGUAAUUCUGUUGGAAAUACCACUGCUUCGGCCACCCUGAAUGUUACUGCAGCAAACACUACUCCCUUCUCGUACUUUUCAACCGUCACAGUAGAGACUAUGGAACCUUCUCAGGAUGAGGCAAGGACCACAGAUAACAAUGUGGGUCCCACUCCGGUGAUCGACUGGGAGACCACCAACGUGACCACCUCUCUCACGCCACAGAGCACAAGGUCAACAGAAAAAACUUUCACCAUCCCCGUGACUGAUAUAAACAGUGGGAUCCCAGGAAUCGAUGAAGUCAUGAAGACUACCAAAAUCAUCAUUGGCUGUUUUGUGGCCAUCACACUCAUGGCUGCAGUGAUGCUGGUCAUUUUCUACAAGAUGAGGAAGCAGCACCAUCGGCAAAACCAUCAUGCCCCAACGAGGACUGUUGAAAUCAUUAAUGUGGAUGAUGAGAUUACAGGAGACACACCCAUGGAAAGCCACCUGCCCAUGCCUGCUAUUGAGCAUGAGCACCUAAACCACUACAACUCUUACAAAUCUCCCUUCAACCACACAACAACAGUUAACACAAUAAAUUCAAUACACAGUUCAGUGCAUGAACCGUUAUUGAUCCGAAUGAACUCUAAAGACAAUGUCCAAGAGACUCAAAUCUAAAACAUUUACAGUUAUGAAAAACAAACAAUCAAAAAAAAAAGACAGUUUAUUAAAAAUGACACAAAUGACUGGGCUAAAUCUACUGUUUCAAAAAAGUGUCUUUACAAAAAAAAAACAAAAAAGAAAAGAAAUUUAUUUAUUAAAAAUUCUAUUGUGAUCUAAAGCAGACAAAAUUAUGUGUAUUCCUCAGAACCUGUUUUUGCUGCACUUAUUUACUAUUUUCCCACAUCUUGUCCCUGCCUUUCCCAAUCGCCAUAUUUUUCAUAGGAGAUCUCAAUUCCCUAAAGAACUGGUCUAGGAAAUUUUGUAAGAAUUCUGUUACACUUUGAGAUUUUUAUGGUGAAUUCUAGUGGUGAGAUCCAGUCUCUUUUGUCUUUCUUUUUUUUCCUCUGUCUUUUCUUUUCCCCCUCUCAUGCCCUUAUGAAGUAGUCCAAUGGGGAAUGCAAUAUUAGAAAUAGAUUUUUAAGAGAGAACAAGGAAAAAAUGCAAGAUCUUAUAUUUUUCAUGUAAUGACCUGUUCUGUAUUUAUGAGGAGGGCCAUACAAUGGAAAACAAAAAGUAAGCAAACAAUAGAUUAAUUUACAUAUGAGCAUCUAUAAAACCCAUGAUCUUUUAAACAAAUCUAGAACCCGAAUUUGUAGAUCAAAAGCUAAAAAUAAGAUUAUAAAUAAAAUAUUGUUGUUUUUUCUGUACCUGGACACAACUCAUUUGUAGUAUGGCUCAAAUGUGAGAAACGAAGGUAAUUAGAUUUCCUACUUUCUAAGAAAGGUAAUAUUAUAGUAAUCUCCAAUCACAGCACCAAUCUCUACAGGGUCCUGUUUCAAUGGAUGACUUGAGUUUUUGAUCUAUAUUCAAGGAUGCUGUGGUGUUUUUUCCUUCUCAUUAGGGUCACCCUUUGUAGAAUGCUCAGAUUAA